UAGGAAAAUCGAAAUGGUGGACGUAUCGGGACGAAGGAUCCCGAGAGAAGACGAAGGGCGAUAAACUGGGUAAGGGCUUGUCGUAUCGCGUGUUGGUAUUAUCGAGAAGUAAGAAAAUUCCGGAGGAUCGGAAUGAAUUCGAUCGUCGUCGAUCAUUAAGAUCCCUGAUGAAGUUCGACCGUUAGGAAAUCAGAAGUUUAACAAGAAAAGGUCCUAUUUGUUUGAACGUCAGUUCGCCCGUAUUGUAAGUGCCUCUGAAGCAAGAGAUCCAGUGUGUGCGCGCGCGCGUGUGUGUGUGUGUGUGUUGUGAGAAAGAGGUUGGAUGUAGAGAGAGAGAGAGAGAGAGAGAGAGAGAGAGAGAAAGCAUAGCCGUGUGCACACAGCGAUCGUGGGUGUUUGUCUCGUUUCUCUCUCCUCGUUAAAGGUGUUGGUUCUUCGAAGGGUGUUCGCCAAAAAAGAAGAAUAUUUUCGCGGCGUACGAACGAAGAAGGAGAAGGAGUCUCUUUUGGACGUAUCGAGAUACGGUGACGGUUUAGUGGCAGUGCUGAAGAGGAAGGGAGGCUGCGAUUAGUAUGUACUUACCAGUGUAUAACAGGCUCUCCUUUCAUGCAUCAAAAGGAUGUGUCAUUGCAAACGCCUUGGAAUCGACAAAGGAGAUAAAGUAUUUUUCUGAUUAAGAAAAACUUUCUGCAAGAAAUAUUAUAUCCAUGAGAGAAAGAUCCCUGUCGCGAUGAACACGUUAAAACAGUUGAAAAGCAUACGGAUAUGCCGAUACAUUGAGACCUAUAUACUUUUGUCAUAGCGAGAAGACUAUUCUACUGCCUGCCAACAAUAGAAUACCCACGCAAUUUGCAAGCAUACAAGAAAUUUCAUGAUAAUAAUUUGAUGGCUGUCAGGAAAAUUCUAUAGGCAUUCAAUGUUAAAAGCUUAACAUUAAGGUUAAAAGUAAUAGUAUCAAUGAAAAAUACUCUUAUUCUUUGAGAACAAGAUCAAUAAUAUGGAUCUGCUAUUUGACUGAAUUUAUAAACUAAAAGAGAAAAUUAUAAUUUUAGUAAAUCUAUUUUAUUAUAUUGAAAUAAUAUAGAGGAAAAUUAUAAUACUCUAUUCUCUCCUUAUCGAUCAAAUUAUUGAAUAAUAGAAUGAAAAUAAAACUCGAUGAUAAGCAGAAGAUUAUUAAAGCGCUGAUAUUCCUAAGCAGUUUUAUAUUGCUAUUUAGAGAAAGAAAGAAGGCUUAUGAUAUUUUAUUUAGUCGAACGAUUGUUUCUGCAUAAUUUCGACGACGACGACAACGACGACGACGACGACGACGACGACGACGACGACGACGACGACGACGACGACGAUUAUUAUUAUUAUUAAAUUAAGUAUUUUACUUAAAUAUAGUCUGGUUAAUUCCAGCUAGUGCAUAAGUCGUGCAGUGAAAUAAAGUUACAUGACCGUUCAAGAUAUGAUAUAGUUGAUGCGUGUACAUAGACCAUUGAUGAUAAACUGUGAGAGCAUAGUAGGUAACAUUUUUUAAACAGAAUGUGUAAAAGUUAUUUUAAACCAUUGUAUGAGUGGGUGUAUAUAACAACGAAGAAGAAUGAAGGGAUAAUGAAACGCUUGAAGUAUCCUAUGGAUGGCAGAGGACGUAUUUGCUAACCCUAAUUGAAGGAAGGGUUAUAAAUAUGGAUAACUGCGGCUCUGGAGUGGUACAAGUAUUCGUGGGCGAAUGGAGCCCCGAAUAUGAAGCGUUAUCCAUUAAAGCUACGAAACAGACUUCUUCGGCAGAAAUAGUCGAAUGUAUUAUCGAAAGAUUGGGUUUGGUGGAUGCCACUGUCUCCAAUGGUUACGAGUUAGCAGAAGUGGUAGGAAAUUCUGUUGGGCAGGAGUGUAAAGAAAGAAGACUUGGUCCUUCCGAAUGCCCCGUAGCGCUUAUGUUACUCUGGCCAAAAAGUGCUGCUCAGCAAGAGUAUUACAGGUUUUACUUGAGGAAAAAGCAAACGGAUUAUUUAUGGUGCGACAGUAGAUUUCCUAUGGAUCCGCAACUAUUAAAGGAUUAUUUCAAUAGAUUCCUGUAUCAACCGCGAGACAAAGAAUAUCCAGAUUUAUGUCAGCUUCCUGACCUUAACGAGCAGACCCUUUUAGACAAUCUUCGUGCUAGAUUUUUAGCUGGAAAUAUAUACACCUAUGUUGGCAGCAUAUUGAUUGCUUUAAAUCCAUUUAAAUUUUAUCCCAUUUAUAAUCCAAAGUACGUGAAACUUUAUCAAAACAGACGAUUGGGCCCGGACAUACCUCCGCACAUAUUUGCGAUAGCCGACGCGGCGUAUCAUUGCAUGUUAAAAGAAAAAAGGAAUCAGUGUAUUGUGAUCAGUGGUGAAAGUGGUUCGGGUAAAACGGAAUCAACGAACUUUUUAUUACAUCAUCUAACUGCCUUAAGUCAAAAGGGUUCACAUGGUAGUGGCGUUGAACAGACGAUACUUAGCGCCGGUCCUGUACUUGAGGCGUUUGGCAAUGCAAAGACUGCACAUAAUAAUAAUAGUAGCCGUUUUGGAAAAUUCAUACAAGUGAAUUAUAAAGAAAAUGGAAUGGUACAUGGGGCAGUAGUCCAGAAGUAUCUCUUGGAAAAGUCAAGGAUAGUUUCUCAAGGAAGAAACGAAAGGAAUUACCACGUUUUUUAUUAUUUAUUAGCUGGCGCAAAUGAACAGGAAAGGCAACUUUUACAUUUAGAAAGUUGCGAACGUUAUAAUUAUUUAAACAAAAGUGGCUGUUACGGUCUUGAAAAUAUCGAUGAAAGACAUGAAUUUUCGCGAUUGAAGCAGUCUAUGGAGAUGGUGGGAUUCACGCCUGAAAAGCAAAAACGACUUUUUGCAGUUUUAUCGGCCGUUCUUCUACUCGGUAACGUGGAAUUUCAACCAAGAAAAUCCUAUCAUCAUCACGACGAGGCAGUAGGGGUUAAGAAUCCUGAAGUGGUCGCAUUAAUAUCCGAAUUGCUUAGGGUGAAACAGGAAACUCUUUUGGCGGCAUUAACUGCUAAACGCGCGCGAGCUUCUGGCGAAACAUUGGUCAUUAAUUAUAGACUUCCAGAAGCAAUAGCGGCAAGAGAUGCAAUGGCCAAGUGUUUAUACGGGGCUUUGUUUGAUUGGAUCGUACUUCAGGUCAAUCAUGCUUUACUCUCUAAGAAGGAUACUUUGAGGGAUCAUCAAGGAAAUAGUAUAGGGGUAUUGGAUAUCUUUGGUUUUGAAGACUUCAAGACGUGCAAUAGCUUCGAACAGUUGUGCAUUAAUUAUGCAAACGAACAAUUGCAACAUUACUUCAAUCAACAUGUUUUUCAAUAUGAACAAAGAGAAUACAGGAAGCAGGGAAUCAGAUGGACAGAUAUAGGAUACAGCGACAAUUCUGGCUGUUUAAAUCUCAUUGAGGGAAAACCAAAUGGACUCCUUUGCCUUUUAGAUGAUCAAUGCAACUUUCCAGGUGCAACGAAUGAGACACUGUUGCAAAAAUUUAAUACGGUGCACAAAGAAAAUCCUUUCUAUGAAGCGCCGCAGAGACGGGAAGCGGCCUUUGUCGUACGCCAUUACGCAGGUUCUGUCAAAUACCAAGCUGCUAAUAUGAGAGAGAAGAACUUGGACUUGAUGAGACCAGAUGGAGUAGUCGGUGUACUCAAAAACUCAUCCCUGGCUUUUGUACGAGAACUUGUUGGUGCCGAUCCAGUCGCUGUAUUUAGAUGGGCUAUUCUCAGAGCUUUUUUUCGAGCUCACUUCGCUUUUCAGGAAGCAGGACGUGCGCAUAGACAUGGUAGAGCCGAUGGUAGUAAAACGUCUGCACAAAACAGGUAUAGGACGCCAAACGAGAAUUUAAUAAGUUCUCACAAACAUACUCGUCCGUCCAGCUAUCAGAAGCAACGAAAUGUCUGUUUACCAUCGACCACUCCCACCGCCACAUUAUCCUGCGUACAAAUUGAAAACGACAGUGUAAACAACAAUCGAUUAUCGUGGCCGCAGUUUAGAAACAUUAAUCAGACUCAACACCCGUCGAAUAUAACAACAACGAAGAAUUACAUAAUAAGGGGGAGGGAAGACCAGCCUCAUAGUAAUAAUAAUAAAUUCAGACGGGAUACUCAUACACCACUAGAGAGGGUGCUUCCGAAAGACGAAGCUAACGUUAUGGAACGCGCUAAUCAAAUCGUCAUGAAAAACAAAUCCUUUCGUCCAAGGGAACGAGGUAAAAAGGGUCUAAAGAAUCUUCAGACUGUGAAAACUCUCGCCGGAAGAACGCAAAGCUAUGGGACUGGUCCGGGAAAAGCAAGGAAGCAGCCCAUGACCGUAUCGGCACAAUUUCAACAAAGUUUACACAGCCUUAUGGAUACCUUAAAUCAAGCAAAUCCUUUUUUCAUUAGAUGCAUAAAAAGCAACGCCAAUAAAGUUCCAAACGAAUUCGACGAAGAAACCGUACAGCGGCAGCUAAGAUAUACCGGGAUGUUAGAGACAGUUCGAAUCAGACAAGCAGGCUUUAAUGUCAGAUUAACAUACGACGAAUUUAUUCAACUGUAUCGAAUGUUAUUGCCCAAAGGGCUUUUGAGUUCGCAAUCGGAUGUGCGUGAUUUUUUGUUAACGUUGAAUCUGAAUAGAGACAAUUAUCAGCUUGGAACGACAAAGGUAUUUCUUCGAGAGUCCGAGAAGAUAAAGCUCGAUAUAGAAUUGCAUCAACAAAUCAUUACGAGCAUCACGACGAUACAGAACUGGUUUCGUGCUUGCUUGGAAAGGAGAAGGUUCUUAAGGUUAAAGAAUGCGGCAGUGCAAAUACAAUCAUUUUGGAGAAUGGUAUGUGCCCAACGAUUUGCACAGGCGUUACGCGCGAGAACAGAAGCUGCUAUUCAUAUUCAAGCCAUAUGGAGAGGGUACAAACAACGUACUUGGUUUAAAAAAUUAAGAUCCUGCGUAACAAUAUUUCAGGCUUACGUUAGAGGUAGGAACUCUAGGAAAGCUUUCAUGGAACUUAAAAGGCGGAGAAAUGAUAUGAAGAAGAUCGAAGAACCCCAGGAAAAUCGGGAUUCCGAGGAGCAUACGGUUCAACAAAAAAUCACCUACUCGCCUGCGACUCACGCAGACGCGGAAGAAUCAUCGUCAAUCUGCGAAGAACGUUCCUUACCGGAGUACACUGUAUCCCCUCGAAAGUUGGAAGCGCAAAAGCGCUUAACGCCGGUCAAGCAAGAGAACUUACGUAGAGAAGCGGCGACCGGCGACACGAGCGUACCCUAUUCCAAACGGAAAAUUACACCGAAUAAAAGGGUAUUGCACGAGUCGACGAGCGUCGCCCCAAAAAAUUCUGAAACGUUUUAUUCCGAAGAAAUUGGCGAGCGUAAGAGCAGCAUCGAAAGUCUUACUAGCUUAAAAAGUUACGAAUCUCAAGGUAGCGUUAAUAGUUCUGAAUCGCAAGAAAAUUCGAGCUGCAAGCCCAUUCCAAGUACAAGAACGAAACGUGGCGAUCACUCGGCCAUAGUUAUUACGAAUACGAAUUUAGUGAGCUCCAACAGAUUGUCUUCGAUAAGUAAAAGAACCGAUAGCUCGUCGACGGGUUGUAGCGAUGGUGAAACGGAUGGCGAUAUACCGAACGCCGUGCAAAGCGCUCCGCCCAUUUUCAAUGUCGCCCCGUCCUUUACGAAUCCUAGAGAAAUGAAAUAUCAUUCCAAUGCGAAUUUGAACCGCAGUCCAAAUGCGGAUAUUUGGCGAAGGAGGGCUGAGUAUUCGUCCAUAAAUUAUAACGACUACAUAAUGUCAGUGCCUCAGAAAGCGACCGUGACUCGAUCGCCGAACGUUUCUCAAUAUAAGAACAUAGCCGAUAAUGUUUUAGAACACUCUCGAUUGGAACAACCGAACGAGGCUGCAAAUUACAACGUAAAAUUGGAUGCGAGCGAACGUUUCAUUCGUAUGGAAAAUUCUCGCGAGUCGCGACUGUCGGGAGAUCGCUUGGAAAAUCUACCAAUUUCGCCGUCACGACGGGAACAACAAAAUUAUGGAUUGUGUAAGGACGUCAAAGAGAUGAAUUAUUCGAGAAGGAUAAAUUCCGAAGGCGACAGCACUUCGGCCAAGGCGGAGCCCACGAACGACGAGAACGCCGCGAAGAACGUACUCGCGAGAAGAACGGAUCUUAAAGAUAAAAAUUCUAGGCCAAAGGACAAAUUCGAGCCGGAUGUGCCGGUAAGAAGUGCCAGAAGAAAUCGACCAUCGAGGGAGGUUCAAUGCAGAUCCAUGGGCGAGAGCGCCUCGGAUACCAGUGUCAGUGAGACGAGGAAUCUCUUCCUUGGUACCAUUAAGGAGGCCGACAUGAAACGCAUGGAAAAUAUUAACGUAUGGACGAGAAAGGAUAAUCCGAGCGAAGUCACCUCUAGAUCCGUCACCGAUUGGCCAGUUAAUAAGAACGAAACGGUUUACAAGGGCCAACAACCGGGAAAACGAAUGAGAUCGAACGCCAUAACGACCUCGGAACUUCGAAGAAGAAAUUCCGAUCCGGCUACUAAGACGUCAGCAUUGAACGACGACAAGUCCGGCGCGGACACCAGUCCUAACGAAUUGAAACUCGCUCCCGGUAUGAAUCUGUUGGAAUGGAAGGGCAACAAUCUCUUUACCUUGGCCGGACAUCGUUUUAGAAAAGUAGCGCGCUUCGCAAAGGACGACGUAUGCGUUUGUUGUCACGAGAAAAUGGACGCCUUUGUUACCCAAGGAUACAAAUGCGUCGAUUGCAAACAAUUGUAUCACGUAAAGUGCAUUCAGAAUGGAGGAGUACUCAAAAUGCCAUGUCUUUUAGCGAAUACACCAAACAGACGGAAAAACAGAAAGCCACCGCGUACACCUUAUGAUGCUACCAAACAAACGGUGGCUUCAAAAUUCAGUCUUACCGGUACCUCCGCUUUUUCCGACAGCACGGAUAAGAUCAUAUCCGAUGCCAAAGAAUUGGCGCUUAUGCAGGACUUCAUUACUAAAAAGAUAUACAUAAUGGAGGCUCAGGAAGAAGGUAGAAAACCGAGUGAGGUGGAUCGCGUUUUUAAACAGGCGUUGCGUAAAUUCAAAGACGAGCUGGUUAUUACUUACAGCGUUGCUAUUCAACAGGGCGUAGAAGGAAACAUAAAGUACACCGAUCUGAUAGCGAAUUUUCUUCACGUUAUGGAGACCGUCUGUAAGCAAGAAAAUACUAGCGAAGAUUUUCCCGUGACAAUGGGCGUUAAUGCCUUCAGAGGAUUUAUGAACGAAUUCAUGACAUUAGUUAAGACAGAAGCGCCGGAAAAGCAAAGUAAGAGUAAACGGAAAAAGGAAAAGAAACGGAAACAAGAAGAGCCCAUACGACAUGGUAAUCACAUGUUCCAAUUAACCAUCAUUAAUAUUCCCACCGCUUGCGAAGUUUGUACUUCGUUCUUUAUGUGGCCGAUCGAACGAGGACUCGUUUGCCAAAAUUGCAAGCUGACGUGUCAUAAGAAAUGUUACACAAAAGCAACGCCCGAGUGCGGAAAGGAAGCGUCAAUGCUCGAAGCUAAUUCGCGUAGAGUUUUCGGCGUUCCUUUGUACAAAUUGGACUGCGGCGACGGCAAAGUACCGCUGGUAGUCGAUCGAUUGAUCACUACUAUAGAGAUGCACGGAUUAUACACUGAGGGUAUAUACAGAAAGAGCGGAGUAAGUUCGAAAGUACGAGAGCUCAAAGUUAAAAUGGACGAGGGCGAUUUGGAGAAGGUGGACUUUGAGAAUUAUCAGGUGCACGUUCUAGCAGCCGUUUUGAAGAGCUUCUUCCGAGAUAUGCCGGAGCCUCUGUUGACUUUCGAAUAUUACGACGAUUUCCUUCACGCCGCAAAUUUGACGGACCCACACGAUAGAAUCAGCACGCUCUUUGCAAUUCUAAAGAAAUUGCCGAAGCCGAAUUUCGAUCUGAUGGAACGAUUGAUCGUACAUCUGGCGAGAGUGGCCUUGCACGAAGUGGACAAUCGAAUGUCACCGUCCGCCUUGGCGAUUGUAUUCGCUCCGUGUAUAUUGAGAACGAGUCGAACCCUACCGGCACAAGAUUCGCUUCAAGACGUGGGCAGACAGACCCGUUGCGUCGAAACGAUCGUUCAAGAGAAAUUGCGAGUCGUAAGAGCGACUUUAGCCGACAUAAAUACUUUGGAAUCCGCAUGCCACACGGCGACCCAUCGACUCUCGAGCUUAAGGUCCUCCAAGAUAUUUAGUCCGGAGGAACUGAACGUAGCGACGCCGAAUAUCACGGCACGAAGCGGGGGUGUCGAUAGGGAGAGAGAUCGAGGAGACGAGGAGGAAGCGUUGCUCGUAGAUCACAUACAGGAGAUCCAAAAGGAGAAGGCUUUAUUGACGUCCACGUUGCCGAGCUUAACCCGUGCUUCUUCGGACGACGAUCUCCUUCUCUCAGCAACGGAUUUGGACGACGGAUCUCUCGACGAUUUGCUUCCACCUUCCGCCGACGGUCUGGUACGAAAGAAACCCAUACAGAGGCAAAGCUCAGCGGACAACGCUUUUCCCACUAUUAUAAGCGUCGACGAGGACAUGGUGAUGGUAUGACCACAGUCGUCCACAGGCAACAUGUUGUCCGUGAAACUCGGACGAUAAAAAAGUGUAGCAGCAUGGCAAGCUUCGCAUGGUUCCGUCGCUAGCUACGGUCGCUCGACAGCCGCUCGACGGCCGCCAAUUCUGGUCUCAUAUGAAAGACGCCGAGUUAUUUUAUUCGCUAGUUAAAACGACUUUUAAAUAGGUCUAGUAAUUUGUCAACCCUUUAGGAUCUCAAGCCGGUAAUUUGGGUCGUCGCUUACUUCCAUCGUUUCGUGAUAAAACGUUUCGUCAAAUUUUAUUUAGUAGCUCGCUUCGGCGUGGCGAUUUUAUAUAUCGCGACGUCGACCUAAUAUCGCGCUGUAAAAACUAUACUCCUUUCCUGGGAUACAUUCCUUUCACCGAAGACUGUCAGCCUCUGGUAAAUCGCCUCUCUUUCGAGAGCUCAUCUUCAAGCACACCACAAAUACUUCUUUUUUUUUUUUUUUUUUUCUUCAUUUUUAUUUCAUUAUAUCGAUGUAACGAACGCAUCGUUAGUUGCGUACUCAUUCGUACUCUUUAUCUCUCACAGGCAUUCGAAUACUUUUCGAUUUUAUACCUUGGUAAGGAGUUCCGCUCGAUAAGAAUUAAAUGAGACUCUCCCUGUCCUGAUUAUCGUCAUGAACCAUAAUCAGGAAUUUUGUUAUACAUUCUUUGACAAUCAGAGAAAUUCGACAAAGAGAAUCGACUAAAAGUCGAUCGAUCGAACAGAGCGACGACAUUAGCCUAGGCUCCAUGAUCGAAUGACAAAGAGGAGGAGAGAAGACUGCUGGUUUCUUUCCUCGAAAAAGAGCUCUCGUUGUUUCGGCGAUAUCUUCUGUUCGGCUGAGAACAACGAGUUAUCAAAUUGCUAGAUCUAAGCGGAAAGACUUUAUAGCAGAGAAGAUACGAAAGAACAUGGAAAACCAAAAUAUAACUUGUAUAUAUUAUAUCAUAUGACUAUCUCAUAUUAGUCUGUUAUUAUUGUUAAAGUUACGAGAGACGUUACCAAGGUUAUAUUUCUACUGUCGAUAUUCAUCGUAGCUGGUAAAACGUCGAUAUAUAAAUAAUAUAUCGGGCUUGCCGAUUUUUUAAUUCGUUGCGAUUAGUUUUUUUUUUCUUUUUUCUUUAUUCUUUUUUUUUAGUUAUGUUCUUUUCCGUGCGACGAUUUCAUACACAGACGCAUCCGACAUAGACGUAUAUAUCUGUACCGCGCAUCUCGAAUUAUCUUACGUAUGAGUACUUAUGUAUAUACAUACAUACACACGCGCACACACGCACACACACACACAUACACACACACACACACACACACACACAUACACAUAUAUAUACAUAUAUAUAUAUAUAUGUAUAUGUAUAUGUAUAUAAAAUAGAAAAAUUUCGUGCGGGCAGAACUAAGUAGGCUUUUUUUUACUCGAGAUUUAUAGCAUGUCAUUUUAGUUUCGUUUUUAUCGCCUAGUUUCUUCGUUGGCCCAAGCGCGCUUUUUAUUCAUUUUCUCGCCUCAUUUUGCUCGUAUUCCUUUUUAAUCGCAUUCGGAGUCAAAGUCUUAUUCCUUUUACGCUCUCGUACGUUCCUCGUGCCAGUUUGUCCAAGUUUCUUGCUAAUUAGAAAGAUCGAGGAAACGAAUGAAAAGACGUACUAUAACGUUAAUAUAAAGAUUUCCUAUUUUUUUUCUCAUCGAAUAUGUAGAUAAAGCCAGCGAUGAUCUCAAUUCUAUUUUAGCACAUGCCAGGCCUCGUUAUCGAAAAUAAAUUAAAUCUGUUUUCGAAUGAAUACUAUUUUCUUCUGCGUUUAACAGAAAUACAUAUUCCUACUUUAGAUCUAUUAUUUGUCGAAUAGAAAUUGAAACGUUUGCACGUUCCUCGAUCUUUUCUCAUGUCUUCCAACGUCUGCGGUCGUACAACCAUAAGGACGUACUUUUUAUGUUUCGAUCAGUGACAAAGAUCAAAUCAAACAGAAAAUUACAUUUAUUUCGCGUAAUUCGGUCGGCUCGAUUAGUGACUAAAACGUACGCGGCUUUUAUCCCAGUAAUAUAGAAUUAAGUGGAAGAUUUAGAAAAUAUGCCGUUUUCGUUCUUUCAAAGUCUACUUUUCUUCCGACUCGUCAAAAUAUCAUUUGUAUUACGUUCGUUCUCUUCAUUUUUUUUUCUUUUUUUUUUAUUUUUUUUUUUUUUUUAUUUUUAUUUUUAUUUUAUUAUUAUUAUUAUUAUUUUUCUUUCUUUUUUCUUUUUUUAACAUCUGGUUAUCGAACCGAGAGUUUUAUACGACCGAUCGUUUUAUCUUUUCUUCCUUUUCCUAUUUUUUUUAUUUUCCUUUUCUUAUCUUUCUUUUUCCUUACCUUCCUUUCUUUUCUUUUUUAAUACGCGCUUCUUCUAAUCCCUUACUUUUCACGCACGGUGAGUUUUAGAAAUAUAAAAGAGAGGAGGAGAUAUAGUCGAGUUAUCGCGAUGUAAUGUUAAAGAUUAUGGAAUGUUGAGUUGUGUUUUAACGUUUUACGUUGUGUUUUAUUCUACAAGCCAUGACAUCGUGCUAUAGCACUUGGCAAAAUGCAAUUCGUUAUGUUUCGAGCGAAACCGAAGCCAUAAUUCGUUGCAAUCGUAUAGUGGAUCUCGAUUCGGUCGAAGGAAUAUAAUAUAAACCGUCUUUUGUGCGAGUAGUUGCAAUGUUAUUGUUGAUUUUUCAAUGUACAUAGUAUUGUAUCUCUUGGAAAGAAUUUACAUAAAACGUAUACACCACACACACACACACACACACACACACGCACGCGAAGACAAAGACAGACAGAAAUCUUUAUCGUUCACAUCGUACAUUUCUGACAAAAGGUGAACACUUACAGGUUGUUUUGUUUCGUUUCGGCUAGUCUUCCUGUUGCAUAUCGAAAGAUCAGGUUGUUAUACUUAAAGUUUCGCAAACGCCUAUAGCGAUCGUAACAAUAUCCUUCCUCCCUCGAGAUCGAUAGAAAUUUAUUCGUCGUAAUUUCAUAAAAUCUUUAUCGCCUAGAUUUGUGACCGAACUGUUGUUUAGUCGUAUUCUAUUAUCGAACGAUAAAAAAUAAGUAUAAAUUAAUUGGUAAGAGAUAUCGAUACGUGUAUGCAUACGCUUCUACCGUGUAAAAUGCUAUACACGAUCGUCAAGAACCUGUCUGUUUUGAUAGCCUGUCAAUGAGGAAAACAUGAACGAGAAUCGAAUGGACGACGAUAUUGAAGUUUGACGGCAAGAUUUCUUAAUACCCCGACGAUCAGAGCGAAGGAAUAUCGAGCCUACACACGUUUAUUACGUUUCAACUUUCUUGUGUUUUUUUUUUCUUUGCAGCGAUAUUUUUCAAUAUUAAAUAGAGGAAGCCUAUUAAAAAAAAAAAUGAGCAAUGCAUUUUAUCGCAUUUUUAUAUAGUAGCAGUAGUAAGAAACAAAUCGCUAAUACACACGGCUCUACGUUUCGUGCUCCAACAAAAGUCGGGGUUUCAAUUAUUGUUGUACCUACGUACAUAUGUGUAAAGAAUAUGAAACACUUUCAUGACAAUAUCACCCGAUAUAUCACGAUCACGGUAUAUAUAUAUAUAUAUACAUAUAUAUAUAUAUAUAUAUACGUGUGUAUAUAUAUAUAUAUCUAUAUAUAUAUAUCCUUUCUUCCGAGCGUAUCCGUUCACGACGCGUACCAUCGGGCCACGGUUUGCGUUCGUUAUCGGAAACGUAAAAUUAUGAGACGAUGCGGCGGUCUGCGUUGUCCUUAUCGUCUACUUAUGACGAGAAUCAAAAUUGCAGCAAGCAUCGUUAUCGAACGAAUAAAAAACUAUGUAAUGCUCUACGUGGCCGAAUUUUCGAAAUACGCUUAUUACAAAUAUAGGAAACGAUAUGAUGUUUGCUGCUGCCGCUCCCAAACGUCUCUCUCUAUCGCUCUCUUUCACUCUCUCUCUCUCUCUUUCUCUCUCUCUCUCUCUCUCUCUCUCUCUCUUUCUCUUUUUUCUUUCUUUCGAAUGAAGAAUAAAAGAAAAAAAGAAUCAAUAUGCUUCGAUGAUCUUGAUUGUUCGCGAAAAAUUUUCUUUUCUGUACUCGCGAUCGUCAAAAAUGAGAAAUCGUAUCGUUAAGGAAUAGAACAAAGUGAUUAAGGCCAAUGAAGGUUCCUGAAGAAAAUAAAAAAAGAAAAGAGAGAUCGAUCGUGAUGGGAUGAACGAGUAAGUUAGCAGAAUUUAUUAAUAACAUUAAAACAUCGCGAUAUUAAUGCUCUUCCCGUUCGUGUCUUGGCAUAAAUAUAAGCACUGAUUAUGGACAGACUGUUCCCGAUCUUCGCGAUCGAACUCGAUGCUUUUUAAUCGUCGGUAUAAAGAUCGUAGAAUAAAAGAAUUGAUUAGAA